AUGUCUCGCGGCGGCACUACCUUAUAUGUCACAGGCUUCAGCCACGGCACCCGCGCCCGCGACCUUGCCUACGAAUUCGAACGAUAUGGGCGCUUGGUUCGCUGCGAUAUUCCUGCACCACGAUCUACUUCCAGCCGACUGUUCGCAUUCGUCGAAUACGAAGACCGACGUGAUGCCGAUGAUGCGUAUCACGAAAUGCACAACAAACGCAUUGGCCGAGACGACCUAUUGAAGAUCGAGUGGGCCAGAACGCCUCCAUCAGCCUCGUGGCGCUUCGAAUCUGGUCGUGAUCGUGACCGCCGUGGACCCCGAUCUCCUCGUCGUGGACGCUCACCAUCCCCUCGACGCAGCACCCGCGACUAUUCUCCACGGAAAGAGGAGCGCCGCGAUCGUGACAGAGAUUAUGAUCGUGAUAGCCGAAGGGACCGAGACCGAUCUCGAAGCCCUGAACACCGGGACCGUGACCGCGAUGCAAAGGAUGAGCGCGAUGAUCGUGACCGAAAGGAGAAUGGAACUAACGGUGACGAAAGGAAAGCUGAGAGCCCUCUUCCCGCCCAUGACGAUCUUGAUGUUGCUGAGUAG